AUGACCACCGAGGGCGGGCCCCCGCCACCCCCGCCGCGCCCGCCGCCUGCCCCACUCCGCCGUGCGUGCAGCCCGGCGCCCGGCGCGCUCCAGGCCGCCUUGAUGAGCCCGCCGCCCGCCGCCACCCUGGAGACCACCUCGUCGUCGUCAUCUUCAUCUUCUGCCUCCUGUGCCUCGUCUUCUUCCAAUUCGGUCAGCGCCUCGGCGGGUGCCUGCAAGAGUGCGGCGGGUGGCGGCGGCGCGGGAUCCGGGAGUGGGGGUACCAAGAAGGCGACCUCAGGUCUUCGGCGACCCGAGAAGCCUCCCUACUCGUACAUCGCGCUCAUAGUCAUGGCCAUCCAGAGCUCGCCCAGCAAGCGCCUGACGCUCAGCGAGAUCUACCAGUUCCUGCAGGCGCGCUUUCCCUUCUUUCGUGGCGCCUAUCAGGGCUGGAAGAACUCCGUGCGCCACAACCUCUCGCUCAACGAAUGUUUCAUCAAGCUACCCAAGGGCCUCGGGCGGCCCGGCAAGGGCCACUACUGGACCAUCGACCCGGCCAGUGAGUUCAUGUUCGAGGAGGGCUCGUUCCGCCGGCGGCCGCGCGGCUUCAGGCGGAAGUGCCAGGCGCUCAAGCCCAUGUACCAUCGUGUGGUGAGUGGCUUGGGCUUCGGGGCCUCGCUGCUGCCCCAGGGCUUCGACUUCCAAGCGCCCCCUUCAGCGCCUCUGGGCUGCCACGGUCAGGGUGGCUAUGGUGGCCUCGACAUGAUGCCCACAGGCUAUGAUACCGGCGCGGGUGCUCCGGGCCACGCGCAUCCACACCACCUCCACCACCAUCACGUCCCCCACAUGUCGCCCAACCCGGGCUCCACCUAUAUGGCUAGCUGUCCGGUGCCUGCAGGUCCUGCGGGCGUCGGUGCGGGAGCGGGUGGCAGCGGUGGCGGCGGUGACUAUGGGCCGGACAGCAGCAGCAGCCCAGUGCCCUCAUCCCCGGCCAUGGCGAGCGCGAUCGAGUGUCACUCGCCCUACACUAGCCCUGCAGCACAUUGGAGUUCGCCUGGCGCCUCACCUUACCUCAAGCAGCCUGCCCUGACGCCAAGCAGUAACCCUGCAGCCUCUGCUGGCCUGCACCCCAGCAUGUCCUCCUACUCGCUGGAGCAGAGCUACUUGCACCAGAACGCCCGCGAGGAUCUCUCAGUGGGACUGCCCCGUUAUCAGCAUCACUCCACCCCAGUGUGUGACAGAAAAGAUUUCGUCCUCAAUUUCAAUGGCAUUUCUUCUUUCCAUCCCUCCGCUAGUGGCUCUUAUUAUCACCAUCACCACCAGAGCGUGUGCCAAGAUAUUAAGCCCUGUGUUAUGUGA